AUGGACGAAAGUAUGGAUGGUUCAGAGGAUUCUUCUGUACUUCAAGAGCCUCCUGACCCCGAAGUGCUCGAAAUUGAUCCAACCUUUCGAUAUAUACGGUAUAAAGAGGUUAUCGGAAAAGGCGCAUUCAAGACAGAGAAUGAAUAUGUUUGUGUUCUGCAACUUUUCUUGGUUUGUAACUUUAACUCAGAAGAAAUCAGUUACAAAGCAUUCGAUGAAGUAGAUGGGAUUGAAGUCGCGUGGAACCAAGUACGAAUAGAUGAUGUUUUGCAGUCACCGAACUCCCUCGAGAGGCUGUACUCUGAAGUGCGUCUUUUGAAAUCAUUGAAGCACAGUAACAUCAUUAGGUUCUACAACUCAUGGAUCGAUGAUAAGAACAAGACAGUUAACAUAAUAACUGAGCUUUUCACUUCAGGGAGUCUCAGACAUUACCGUAAGAAACACAGAAAGGUGAAUAUGAAGGCCGUGAAGUGUUGGGCGAGACAGAUUCUAAUGGGUUUGAGGUAUCUUCACAGUCAAGAGCCACCGAUUAUACAUCGUGAUCUCAAAUGUGAUAACAUCUUUAUCAAUGGAAACCAUGGAGAAGUGAAAAUAGGAGAUCUUGGUCUAGCUACUGUCAUGGAGCAAGCUAAUGCCAAAAGUGUGAUUGGAACCCCAGAGUUUAUGGCACCGGAGCUUUACGAUGAGAACUACAACGAGCUUGCUGAUAUUUAUUCAUUUGGGAUGUGUAUGUUGGAGAUGGUGACAUUUGAAUACCCUUACUGUGAAUGCAAAAACUCUGCUCAGAUAUACAAGAAGGUUUCAGCGGGAAUAAAACCAGCUUCACUCUCUAGGGUUCAAGACCCAGACGUAAAGCAGUUUAUUGAGAAAUGCUUGCUUCCUGCAUCCGAGAGGUUACCAGCAAAAGAGCUUCUGCUAGACCCUUUUCUUCAAGUGAAUGGUUUGGCAAUGAACAACCCUUUGCCGCUUCCCGACAUUGUAAUGCCCAAAGAAGGUGCGUUUGGAGAACGUUGCCUCAUGUCUGAAGGCCCUCCAACAGCACGGCGUAGUAGACCCAUGUCUAUGGAUCUCGACGAAGACAAUAACCUGCCGAUUGUUACUUUCAGCGACAACUCAGGAUCCAGGUCUAUUGAGGUCAGACGCGCAAAGAGAGGGAACUUCUUUGUCCUCAAGGGUGAAGAAAACGAUGAACACUCUGUCUCGCUAAUUCUUCGUAUAGUAGACGAGAAUGGACGUGUGAGGAACAUUCAUUUUCUGUUCUAUCUAGAAGGUGACACUGCUUCCAAGGUGUCGAGUGAGAUGGUUGAGCAGCUCGAGUUAACUGACCAGAACGUCACGUUUAUAGCCGAACUGAUUGAUAUAUUACUUGUCAACAUGAUACCCACCUGGAAGACCGAUGUAACGGUCGAUCAUCUCAUUCACUCGCAGCUGAAUCAUAGCUCAAGAAGUUAUCAGAACGAAGCGAAGCCACAGAGACAAGAGGAGGCUGCUUCUGAGUCGGUUAGCCCCUCGUGGACCUCUGAUUGCCCACGAUCAGACGAGGAAGAUAAGCAGUGUGUGGAUACCAUUGAAGGAGAAGACGGGAGCUGCGACAAUCAAGAAGCAGAAGAAGCAACGGAGCCAGUAAGUUUGGAGGAAGAAGAAAGGUUAAGAGAGGAACUGGAGGAGAUAGAAGCCAAGUACCGGGAAGAGAUGGAACAGAUAGGAAAGAAAAGAGAAGAAGCAAUAAUGGAGACGAAGAGAAAGUUGUCUCUGAAGAAGAUAGAACAAGUUGAGUAG